AUGUGGGCGCGGGCGGCUCUGGCUUGCGCGGCGCUCUGCGCAUGCGCACGCGCUUGGUUUGGUGGGGCCGUGUGCGCGCGGGAGGCGGGGGGAGCUGCCGGCGCGCGGUACGUGGCGUUCCUGAGCGCCGGCACCGGACCCGCGCUGGUCGAGAGCGUAUGGGCCGCCCCCGGCCGCCUCCGCGCCUGCUGGGCCCGUCGCGAUCCGCGCCUCGCCCGCGCCUUCCGCGCCGCCUGCGCGCACCGCCCUCCCGCCGCGCCUGGGGCCGCGCUGCGCCGGGCCCUGUCCGCGCUGUGGCGGCGCCGCGCCGCCUGCACCGACCCCGUGCCGCCGAGACCACAGCGCCGUCGCCGCCGGGGCUGGACGCUUCCAGGAACGCUGUGGUGCGGCGCAGGGGACUCGGCGGGGAACUGGAGCGAGCUGGGGCUGUUCCGCGGCCCCGACCGCUGCUGUCGGGAGCACGACCAGUGCUGGGCGCAAAUCACGGCGCUGCAGUUCAACUACGGCAUCCGCAACUAUCGCCUGCACACCGUGUCCCACUGCGAUUGCGACGCCAGGUUCCGGCAGUGCCUGCUCGCCAUCAACGACACCGUCUCCAACAUCAUUGGCGUCACAUUCUUCAACCUGUUGGAGGUGCCAUGCUUUGUGCUGGAAGAGAGUGAGGAGUGCGUCCAGUGGCAGUGGUGGGGCGGGUGUGAGCGUUAUGAUGUAGUGCCUCUUGCCAGGAUGGUGCAGCAGAAUCAGUACCACCCCAGCCUACCAGCAGAGAAGAGGGGCAGCCCCACUGUGCAGCCCCCAGGCAAAAGAAGGACUUUCUCUAGAAGAGGGCGUAAGUGGCUUCGACAGGAACUGAGGGCAAAGCCUAGGCAUCACCAGGUAUGGAGACCUAAGACAGCCCAGCAGCUGCAGGGCCCAGGUACCCCAGCGUUGGCCAGGGACAAGGCUGAGCUCACAACCAGGCACCCAGCAGUGCAGUGGGAGUUAGAGCCUGGCCCUGCAACAGCACUGACGGUGUCAGGACAGGAUGUGGUUGGAGCAGAGCAAGGAGCUGGAAUCUCAGCACGUCCUUGGUAUGGCAGCAUUAGACCCAGCCCAGCCACAGCACAGUGUGGAGCCACCCUCAUGCCAGCUGUGAAGGAGCGCAGGGAGCAGGGCACAGGGUGCAGCUGCAACAAACACCUGGGUAAGUGUGAGCACCAGAUUGCACCCCAUGAGGCAAAGUACCAGCUGCACAACGUGGACAGCCGGACACUCCUCCACUGCAACUGCACACACAGGCUGGCACGGUGCCUCCAUAGGGCAAGGGACUGCAGUGACAUGGACGUGGCUGUUCUGGCUGACCAUAUCGCCAUGGACUGCUUUGUUCUGGAGCUGCCUGCUGCCUGCAGCCCAGGCAGAGUAUCACAGCAGAGCAGCUGUACCACGGUGACCAGGGCUGUGCUUGUACCUGCACGGCAGCUCAAAAAGAUUCUAAGACGCUGGGGCCUUCUGCGUGUGAGCUCCAAGGCCAAACAUCCACACAGGAAGACACAGGCCAGGGGAGGCACCAUCUGUGAGCAGUGCCAGCAUCUGGUUGUACAGCAGACACCACGUGCUUGGCCCCACAGAGUGCUUCGAUGAACCCAAGCAAUGCUGCCUUGGGAAGGAAGGGGAGGAAGAUGUGUGCAGCAGCUGCAGCCUGGAGUCUGGUCCUCAAGUCCAAGGGUGGCACUGAACAUGGCUCUUGGCAUGAUGGUACGGAGCUGGGGACUACAGCCAGAGCACAGGCAGAGGGACUGAGAAGCCUCUCAAGGAGCUGUGGCUGCCAUCCAUGAGUAUCAAAAGCAAGGGGAAAGAAAUAGGAGGGAAUGGGGAAAACCCAUUGUCCUUCCCUGGUGUGCCCUGGGACAGGGCAGGUAGCAGGCCACCCCACCCCUACACUGGUGACCCUUCAGCUGGGGACCCUGAGCAGUGAGGUGUGAUCCCAACCCUCUUGCCCAGGCAGGGUAGGAGGGCUAGGGUCAGUACCUGCAUGCGGCAGAAAAAAUAAAGGGUGGUCAGAG